AUGUCAUCAUUAACAACACCAAAUCAUUUAACUUCAUCUUCUCCGUUGGAUUCGAACGGUGAAAUUUGUUUGACGGCGACAUGGGCUUCGAAUGGAAUCACUGUUGCCGGUGGAAAGAAUUUUGGGUCCGAUCUCGAUCAGUUGGCUGAUCCCUAUGGAAUUUUUCUUGAUGCUAACGAUACGAUUUAUGUGGCAGAUCGUUCUAACCAUCGUAUCAUCACAUGGGAACAAGGUGCUUCGAUUGGUCAGUUAGCUGCUGGCGUGAAAUGGGAAAAUAAUCGUAAUCUGCUAUUAAAUAUGCCGCAGGAUGUUGUUGUUGAUAAAGACGGAACAAUGUACAUUACUGAUGGGGGUAAUUGGCGUGUUCAGCGAUGGCCUCGUGGUGCUCAAGACGGAGAAACGAUGGUUGACAACAUCCAGGCUGUCGGCAUAGGACAAGAUGACGAAGGAUCGAUCUAUGUGUCUGAGUACGCAAAUGGUCGAUUAACAAAAUGGCGUGUGGAUCAAUCCAUCUACGUGGUGGGUUAUAUGAGUCACCAAGUUGUGAAAAUAACUCAAGGAAGUGAAGAAGCCGUUAUUGUUGCUGGUCGAUCUGAUGACUCAGGUAACGGUGCAGACCAACUAGCUUUCCCGACAGGUGUUGUUGUCGAUCAGUUGGGUACUGUCUAUGUAGCUGACACUCAGAAUCAUCGAAUAAUGCGUUGGCCGAAAGGGGCAACAUCAGGUAAUCUGAUCGUUGGUGGUCGUGGCCCUGGUCCUGAAUCCGACCAACUUAAUUAUCCUUCUGAUCUAUCAUUUGAUCGAUACGGAAAUCUAUACGUGACCGAUACUCUCAAUAAUCGUGUGCAAAAAUUUAUCAUCGACAAAAGUUCAUGUCAGAAAAAUGAGGAAAAUACAUCCUCUCCCCACAAUUGA